AUGGCCACACAGCCCGAAAGACAUACAACAACCCCAACAGUGGGACUAGUAGGGAAAAACUUCCAGAUCAGAGGGAAAGACAUUCCUGGCAGGCUGAGGGCUUAGCAGCUAUUGUUAGAAAUGAAUCACAGCCCCACUCUGGCCCUGCUGAGUCUGAUGAAAUGCAACCAGUCACGAGUUCUUGUGGCUUCGGAAAGUUGUGUUUCACCUCUUCAACCCAAACAUGUUCUGGAAGUGCUAUGACUUUUCUUUCCCUUUCAUCAAACACUAAAGAGACCUGAACGAUUCCUGUUUUGUUCCGGGACUGCCUUGCUGCCAACUUAAGAAACCAGAAACCCCAGAGAUGACCUCGCGACACCAGCUGGCUUCUGGCGAGGGAACGCCUGCCUUGCGUUUGGUGCCAAGCAUUCGCUCUCUAUACUUUGCUGUGAAAGGAGGCGAAGGAGACAACGUUUCAGCUGGUCAGGAAGAAGCUAUGGCUGCCGUCUUCCUCCCUGGGAACCUCCAAGAUGAAGCCACUUGCUCCGUCUGCUUGGAGUACUUCAAGGACCCUGUGUCCAUCGAGUGCGGACACAACUUCUGCAGAGCUUGCAUCACCAAGAGCUGGAAGAGUUUGGAAGGGGAGUUCCCCUGUCCCCAGUGCAGAGAGCCCUUCAAGGAGAGGAACUUCAGGCCCAACAGACAGCUGGCCAACAUGUCCGAGAUCAUCAGCCAGUUCAUCCUACAUGGCGGAAAGGGCCUGGAGGAAGAUGGGCUCUGCGAGAAGCACAAGGAGGCCCUUAAACUCUACUGCAAGGAUGACCAAAAGACCAUCUGCGUGGUGUGUGACCGCUCUCGGGACCACCGACCUCACAGCGUGGUUCCUGUAGAAGAGGCAGCCCAGGAAUACAAGGAACAAAUUCAGAACCGUUUGGAUUUCCUGAAAAAAGAGAGACAAGAACUCUUGGAAUUCAAAAUGCAGGAUGACAAAAAAAGCCAGGAUCUCUUGAAAACCAUAGAAGUUGAGAGACAGAAGGUGCUCUCUGAAUUCGAAAGCCUGCGCCAGUUCCUACAAGAGCAAGAGCAGCUCCUUCUGGGUCAACUGGACAAGAUGGAGAAGGGCAUCACCAAAAGGCAGAACGAGAACAUCACCGAAUUUUCCAAAGAGAUCUCGCUCCUCAACAAGCUAAUUGCUGACCUGGAGGAGAAAAACCAAGAGCCUGUGCUUGAUUUCCUUAAGGAUGUGACCAGUGUCAUCAUGAGAAGUGAUGAUCUCAAAUGUCAGAAGCCCAUCCUUGUCUCUGCUGACAUGAAGGGUCAUGUCUGCAAUUUCUCUCUGAAGACUGUGGUCCUCAAGGGCGUGUUAAAGAAAUUCAAAGAUCACCUGCGGGAUGAACUCGGGAAAGGCGAAAAAGAGGAUCUGAUCCUGGACCCAGAGACAGCCAAUCACCUCCUCAUCCUCUCUGCAGACUUAAAGGCCGUGAAGAUGGGCUGCCGAAAGCAAGAGCUACCUGACAACCCCAAGCGCUUUGACACCAACUCCCGCGUUCUGGCCACCGAGGGAUUCACGUCAGGGAGGCAUUACUGGGAGGUGGAGGUGGGCUCGGCGGAUGGGUGGGCCUUUGGAGUAGCCAAGGAAUCCGUCCGAAGGAAAGGACUGACCCAGUUUUGUCCCGAGGAGGGCAUCUGGGCCUUGCAGCAAAAUGGGGGGCGAUACUGGGCUGUCACUACCCCUCAGCGUACUCCCAUUUUCCUCCCCGAGAAAAUCGCCAAAAUCAGAAUCUACUUAGACUAUGAAGGAGAAGAGGUGUCCUUUUACCACGCUGACAACAUGCAGCACCUUUUCACUUUUAAUGUUUCCUUCACAGAAAGAAUAUUUCCUCUCUUCUCAGUUUGCUCCACUAUGACUUACAUUAAACUUUGCUCCUGAAAUGAAUAGGACACAUAGUUUGAGAAUUACUGACCUGUCGUAUGUACACAACAUGUGGCAAAAUGGUGCUUGCUCUACAAGUCAAGGCCUUAAUUGUGGUGACCACUAAAGUCUAGUCCCAUGAGCAUGAGAUAUAAUGUGCCUGGCAAAUUGAUGCUUCUCUUCAUCUCAAGGCCUUAUUGGUGAUGACAUGAUGUGCCUGACAGUGCGGAGACAAUGCUUGAAAAACCUACAUGCAGCAGCUUUUACACUGGUUGUGUGUGCCUAAUGCUUACAUAGGGCUUGGAAAAUUUACUCUUUUUUUGGCCAGCAUGUCUGGAGGAGUCUGGGAACGGCUAUGCUGACUGGGGAUUCUGGGAGCUCUAGACCAAAAAGGAGAUUUCCCAAGCUUUGUGCUUGCCAGUGUGUGCUGAAAGCUAAAAGUUGUGUAAGGCUAUGACUUGAGUGAUAUACCUAGUUUGCUGUAUUUGCACAGAUACUUAGGUAAAUAUCCCUUAAUUUCUGAGAGGCUGUUUCCAAUCCCACCUUGUUAUGAUUGGUGCUCAGGAUGAUUAUGUAUGUAUUUUCCCUUCCUGAAUAAAGGUAAGGAGGAACUUGCUAAAAGACAAUGUAAUGCAAUCCUUACCUCUUCCUUUUAAAAGUUAAAGCUAAAAGUUUUCCCCUGACAUUAAGUUUAGUCAUUCCUGGGGGUUGGUGCUCAUCUUCAUUUCUAAGUCGAAGAGCCGGCAUUGUCUGUAGACGCCUCCAAGGUCAUGAGGCUGGCAUGACUGCAUGGAGUGCUGCUACCUUCCCGCCGGAGCGGUAUUUAUUGACCUACUCACAUUUGCAUGUUUUCGAACUGCUAGGUUGGCAGAAGCUGAGGCUAAUAGCGGGAGCUCACUCUGCUCCCUGGAUUCGAACCACCGACCUUUCAGUCAGCAAGUUCAGCAGCUCAGCGGUUUAAUCCACUGCACCACCGGGAGCUCUAUAAUAAAAAAGGAAGACAUUAUUAAACUAAAACUUCCAUCAUCCCGUAUCAUUCACGAUGCUAGUAAUGCAUGGUAGGAGUUGCAAUUGAGGGCAUCAGGUUGCCAAUCCCUGCUCUAACAUAGUGGGCACUACUUAUUUUGGCUUGGACAGUAUUAAAAACAUGGCCCAUGCUCCAUGUUUUGUGAGCAGCUCAUGCUCUGAAAUUCUACUUAUGGGGUGGGACUUGAAAAUUCGAGGUGAGUAGAUCAUGGCUAAAGUUCAAAGAUUUAAUAUGGUUUGGACUAACCAUAGUUUCUUGCUGGCUGCUCUUUCACAGGUCUUAAAUUGCAGAAUCAGAAUUCAAAAUGACUUUAAAAUUUGGACUGGAAGGCCAUUGUGGUCUCUUCCAAUUCAAUGAUUCAAUAUACCAAAGGGAAACAAAGAAAUAGCCAAAUGAAAUCACAACAAAAAUACAUUUUUAAACAUUUUCAUUCACUGUUUGGAAAGCAUUUUAUUGGCUUUCAACAGGAAAGCCAUGUGUGAGAUUUCUCCCUUCAGGUUUCACUUGUGAUAAUUUUUCAUAAAGCAGAGAGUUCCCAAUGUUUUCCUGUCAUUUUUUAACAAGACCGUUUCAAAACAUUGAAACACUUUGGGGAAUGCAGGUAUUAUUUGUAUUUUGCAUGUACCUUCCAGCUUUUAUGUGUCGAAUGAUUGACUUCAGUGAUACAAAAUUGUUUGCAUGGUGAACCUUUGAAAGAUGAUGGUUUUUGAGAGAGUAUUUACAAAAAACAAACCCUGACUUGCUGUGCCUUCAUAAUAUUGCAAGUGCUGUUUUCUGUUUAAGCUUGACCAUUUGUUGACAAAGUCUGAUGAGACUUUGUGUUUGUUGCGGAAUGGAUCUACAAAUCACACUUUGGUUUUGGAUUUCAGUCCCUAGAAGUCCCCAGUUUGGCCAUUUGUGAAGGAUUCUGGGAGAUGAAGUCCAAAACACCUGGAGGAUAAAAGAUGGAGUGCUACUGUAUUAGAGUUUAGGAUGAAGUUGGAGUUGGUUAGCAUAAUUUCGUUAAACAAAGACAAAGUUUGGCUGGCAUGGUUAAUACAUAAAUAGGAGACUGUAAGUUGACGGAUAUUGCACUGAUCAUCCAGUAAUGUUUUCUUUGUAUUUGCUUCUAUGUACCCAUAACCCCCCUAGUUCAACGUGUAUAUUUGUAAAUAAAUCCAUGAUUAUCAAGAUA